AUGUCAAAGCCAAGUAAUAAAACAGUUGUAACAAAAGGCCCAAAAAAAUUAAUAACUUCUGAGGAAGUAUAUAAGCCUGUUGGGCCAUACAGCCAAGCCGUGUUAGUAGAUAAAACGAUAUAUGUGUCCGGUGUACUUGGAAUGGAUGCAAGUUCGAAUAUGAAAAAUGGCAUUGAGUAUCAGACUAAACAAGCUCUUGACAAUCUUAAACUCAUACUGGAGGCUGGUGAUACUUCACUCAAAGGUGUUGUAAAAACUACCAUUUUGAUGGCUGAUUUGGAGGACUUUCCAGUUGUUAAUAAAAUAUACAGUGAAUACUUCCCCGAGGAUUUUCCUGCCCGAGCAACUUAUCAAGUGGCGAAACUUCCUUUAAAUGGGUUAAUCGAAAUUGAAGCGAUUGCUCUUGCUGGAGUUAAAGGCGAGCCCACGGUGGCCUGUCCUUGCUCGCAACGCAGCCCUUGU